GAGAGAGCCUCCUCUGGACAGGAGGGGGUUCGGCGGCGAUUUGGGAGCGGGCAAGAUGCACUCGUCCAUCUCAAGGUGACACUGCGGCAAGGAGGCAGCCGGGGAGAGAGAGAGAGAGAGGGACAGAGAGAGAGCGCCUGCACCAGAUUCUGGAGGCUACCGGAAGAAGUGAAGAGAAGUUUUUUCGGCUCUCUCCUCCUCUCCCUUCCCUCCCUCCUCCCUCCAUCCUGCAGCAGAGUGCGAGUGCAGCCACGGCGCCCCUGGAGGAUGUGAGGGCCUAGCGGCCCCGUGGAGCAGCCUCUCUCGCCGGGGAAGAGGGCCGAGGCCGGUCGGCCAGCCAGCCGGAGCCCUCCCCUCACCAACAUGGAGAGCUACUACAGCCUACUGCAGGCUGGCUCUGAACUGGAAAACACACUGCAACAGGUCUCUGUCCCCUUGUGCAUGAAAGAAGUGGGUGGCUACAUUGAGAAGCAAGUGGCUUAUUUAUCAGGGGGUCGUGGAGAAGACUCCAGUGUCAUCAUCACACUUCCAGAAUGCUCUGAUUUCACUGAUAUUCCCGAGGAGGCUCUGGCUAAAGUCCUCACAUACCUCACCCUAAUUCCAAGAGCACGCCAGCCUGGAGUUAAAUUUAUCAUCAUAUUAGAUAGAAGAUUGGAUACAUGGGGCUCGAUCAAAACAGCACUUGGACGGAUUGCGGCCUCCUUCCCUGGGAACCUGCACCUCGUUCUGGUCCUGCGGCCCACCAGCUUCUUCCAGCGGACAGUGACAGACCUUGGCUUCCGCUUCAGCCAGGAGGACUUCAUGCUCAAAAUGCCCGUGGUGAUGCUCAGCUCGGUCACAGACCUGCUGCGCUACAUCAAUGAGAACCAGCUGACCUCUGAGUUCGGGGGAACCCUGGACUACUGCCACAGUGACUGGAUUGUCCUGCGAACGGCCAUAGAGAGCUUUGCUGUGAUGGUGAAGGACAUUGCUCAGAUGCUGCAGGCGUUUGGCACAGAGCUGGCGGAGACGGAGCUGCCAGAGGAGGGCAACGCCAUCGAGUUCCUGCUGCUGUCCCACACCGAGAAGUACAGGAGACUCAAGGAUGCCAUCAGGUCAGUGAUGCGGGAGGGCAGACACCUGCUGUCCAGCCUGGAGGCCUCUGGGAAAGAUGAGGGCUCCCUGGUGCACUGGGACAUCCCUCAGGACUGGGAGACCGUGCAGAGGCUGCUGGCCCAACUCAGAGACAUGGAGCUGGCCUUUGAUGGCUUCUUCGACAAGCAUCACCUAAAGCUGCAGCAGUACCUGCAGCUGCUGAGAUACGAGAGCAGCUUCCAGGAGAUGGAGAGCUCACUGGAGAAGCUGUCUGUUCAUGAGAGAGAUGUGGGCAGCACAGGAGAAACUCUGGCCCAGACGGUGCAGGCCCUCCGAGACCUGGACAGUCUACAAACCAAAGCACAGGAGGAGAUGGGCAAAGCUCAGCUGCUCAUCCUGCACGGGCACCAGCUGGCUGCCAACCACCACUACGCCAUGGUCCUGAUCCUGCAGCGCUGCAACGAGCUGCGCCACCGCCUCGACACGCUGGACACGGCACUCCGGACCAAGAGGGACGUGCUCACACACAUGCAGACCCUACUGCAGAGACUAGAGGAGCACAUGCAGACCCUACUGCAGAGACUAGAGGAGGCCCAGCGCUGGUGUGAUGACGGCGCGUAUCUGCUGGCCAAUCAGCAGGUGGAUAGGUUCCAGUCUAAGGAGGGGGCUCAGGCUGCGCUGCGAGACAUUGAGAAGUUCCAGGAGGGGGCGCCAUCUCUCCUCUCCACCGGCUCAGACCUCCUGUUCAUGGAGUAUGAGGCUGUGCUAACCCCAGCACUGCAGGCUCACAUCGGGAAGACCUUUGAGAAGCAGGCAGCCGUGCAGGGGAUGAUUGACAGCCGGCUGGCCUGCCUGAGGAAGCUGGCCGACAAGCACGUGCGGCCCAUCCAGCUGGUGGCCCCCCGGCCAGAGCACCAGCCCCGCUCCAAAUCGCCCAUCUUCUCCCCCAAACAUGACUUGAAGUUCACCUUUGACCUCUCUCUGCCGGGGAAGAGGGGAUCCAGGAAGAGCCCCAACUCACGGAAGAUCGAGGUGAUGCAUGAUUACCAGGAGAACCGCAAUUAUCUGUCCUACGGUGUUGAUGGGGAGGACAGUCCAGACGUUCUGAAGCGACACGUGAUGCGGGAGAUUAUUGAAACUGAGCGGGUCUAUGUGGAGGAGCUGCUGUCUGUAUUGCUGGGCUACAGAGCAGAGAUGGACAACCCCUCCAUGUGCACCCUUCUGCCCCCCAGCCUACGCAACAAGAGGGACAUCCUGUUUGGAAACAUGCCAGACAUCUACAACUUCCACAGCAGGGUGUUCCUGCAGGACCUGGAGAGCUGUCUGGAGACUCCGGAGGCAGUGGGGGCCUGCUUCCUGGAGCGGAAAGAGCACUUCCAGGUGUACGAGCGCUACUGUCAGAACAAGCCUCGCUCAGAGUCCCUAUGGAGACAGUACUCUGACUGUGCCUUCUUCCAGGAGUGUCAGAGAAAACUGGAGCACAAACUGGGCCUGGACUCCUACCUGUUGAAACCGGUCCAGCGCCUUACCAAGUACCAGCUCCUACUCAAGGAGCUGCUGAAGUACAGUGCGGGUUCAGAGAGCACAUCUGAACUGCAGGGGGCGCUGUCUGCCAUGCUGGACCUCCUGAAGUCUGUUAAUGACUCCAUGCACCAGAUUGCCAUCACCGGCUAUGAAGGGGACCUGGGCGCGCUGGGCCGCUUGCUGAUGCAGGGCUCGUUCAGCGUGUGGAUCAGCCACAAGAAGGGCCCCACGCGUAUGAAGGAGCUGGCGCGCUUCAAGCCCAUGCAGCGGCACCUGUUCCUGCACGAGCGCGCGCUGCUCUUCUGCAAGCGGCGCGAGGAGCACGGCGAGGGGCCCGACAAGACGCCCUCCUACAGCUUCAAGCACUGUCUCAAGAUGAGUGCAGUAGGCAUUACGGAGAAUGUCAAGGGAGACGUGAAGAAGUUUGAGAUCUGGUACAGUGGCAGGGAAGAAGUCUACCUGGUGCAGGCACCAACAGUAGAAGUUAAGCUAGCUUGGCUGAACGAGAUCCGCAGAAUUCUCACCAACCAGCAGAAGAUUCUCAGAGAUGAGCUGUCCCUCACCCACCCAACCCCGGAACACAUCCAGUUAUCCCCACCCCUGUCUGAGAGCAAGCAGCAGCGGACCUCGGUGAGCUCAGAGGACACAGAGUCAGGCCGCAGUAGCCCCGACCCGCUCAGCUUGUCCCCACAGCAUCGGCGCAACAGACGCAGCUGGCCUGGAGCUCUCCACUCAGUGGAUAUCUGUGAGGGUCUGCUGGAGGACUGGAGUGGAGGCCAUAGCCCCUUCCCGCUGUCUGACACUGAGGAGGAGGACAUUGUCCACCUGACCCCGGGCAGGUACAGGACCAGGGCUGACGCUCCUAGAAAUGGGCCCCAUGAGCUCAUCGUCAGGUGUGGGGACAUCAUCCAGCUGCAGCGGGAGGACAGUGAGGGCAUCUGGCUGGUGAAGAACUUGAGUCGUAGACAGGAGGGCCACCUCCAGGCCUCCACGCUGCAGCACGUCCUGGCAGACAGCAGCAGAGGACAUUGCACCCGGCUGGGGGACCCGGGAAAUCUGAAAGCACGGAAGCUGAGCUCGCCGUAGACGUGGAACACCAGCGCCGGCCGCUGUGGACCAGCUGCUCUGAGAGACUCCGGAGGUGUGCUGGAGAGAGAGAGGGUCCUCUGGAGGUGUGCUGGAGAGAGAGAGAGGGUCCUCUGGAGGUGUGCAGGAGAGAGAGAGAGGGUCCUCUGGAGGUGUGCUGGAGAGAGAGAGAGGGUCCUCUGGAGGUGUGCAGGAGAGAGAGAGGGUCCUCUGGAGGUGUGCAGGAGAGAGAGAGAGGGUCCUCUGGAGGUGUGCAGGAGAGAGAGAGGGUCCUCUGGCGGGCGUUGGGACUGAGGCUACUGCCGCUUCACCAGGAGGGGGGACGUUACUGGACCUGUGGUGUGAGGCGCUCUCCAGGAGGGGACCGGACACAGAACACACUCUCCAGUGAGGCCAUGCAGGCCCUGCAGGAAGGACAGGUAGCUAUGGUGCACUGGACUCACUCACCUGUGGUGGAGGCCUGCUCUCUCUGUGGUGGGAGGGUAUGCUCAAGAACACUGUUGCUCCAGAUAAGGAGGUGAGGUAUAGCUAUCUCAGCUAGUUCCUCUCAAGAGAGCCUCCACCUUUACUGUGCCCUCCCUCACCACCACCCAGACCCCCCUCACUCAGACACUGGGCCCUGGACCCUGGAGUACUGCAGAGAACUUCUCAAAUACCUGCACAUGAUGUGUUUUCUUCAUGAUGUGCAGGAAAUGUGUUGUCUUAUUAGCGUGUCA